UCUUUUUCGCUUUUGUCUUUCCCUGUCCUUUGAUCUACAAUAAUAUCAUCUUCCUUUUUUUUUUUUUUUUUUUUUUUCCCAUUUAAUAACAACCCAAUUUGAUUUCUCCUUUUUUUUUUUUUCUUUCCGGGAUUGUUUUCGCUUUCAGAUUUCGGCUUUAUAUUUCGUUUUAGUAGGACUCCUCCUCAUGGAACAACACAACUGACCCAAAUGCGACACUAGUACAACACACUCAACUGGACCUUGAACCUCAGAGUCCCCGGCCUUAAUGGGUUCCGAGCAGAACAGGUUUCCUCAGCAGGAACGGAGAAAGAGAUGGGGAGGAUGUUUGGGUGCAUUCUCUUGUUUCGGUACACAGAAAGGUGGAAAGCGUAUAGUCCCUGCAUCUCGUAUACCUGACGGCAAUGCAUCAGCGACCCAGCCAAAUGGACCCCAAGCAGCUGGGUUGGCAAACCAAGCAACAGGAUUAGCUCCAUCUCUUUUAGCUCCGCCUUCUUCGCCAGCAUCAUUUACAAAUUCCGCCCUUCCUUCAACAGCUCAGUCACCCAGUUGUUACUUGUCAUUAGCUGCGAACUCACCUGGAGGUCCUUCAAACAGAAUGUUUGCAACUGGGCCAUACGCCAAUGAAACACAACUGGUCUCUCCUCCUGUUUUCUCAACCUUCACAACUGAGCCGUCCACAGCUCCUCUUACUCCCCCUCCAGAAUUGGCACAUCUAACUACUCCCUCUUCCCCAGAUGUGCCAUUUGCUCGUUUCCUCUCAUCUUCAGCAGAUAUUAAAAGCACUGAGAAGACCAAUUACAUUGCUGCAAAUGAUCUUCAAGCAACAUAUUCGCUGUAUCCUGGGAGCCCUGCUAGUAGUCUCAGAUCUCCAAUUUCAAGGGCAUCAAAUGACUGUCGCGAUUUCCCCCCACAGUGGGAUCCCUCAGUUUCUCCCCAAAAUGGAAACUAUCCAAGGAGUGGUUCUGGCAGGUUGUAUGGGCAUGACACAACUGGACCCUCUGUGGCAUCUCAAGACUCGAAUUUCUUCUGUCCUGCAACAUUUGCACAGUUUUAUCUGGAUAAUCCUCCAUUCCCUCAUACUGGAGGAAGGUUAAGUGUUUCCAAGGAUUCAGAUGCUUACUCAACUAGUGGAAAUGGAAAUGGAAAUGGAAGUCAGAACAGGCACAAUAGAAGCCCUAAGCAAGAUGUGGAAGAAUUAGAAGCCUAUAGAGCAUCCUUUGGGUUCAGUGCUGAUGAAAUUAUUACCACCACCCAGUAUGUUGAGAUUACUGAUGUCAUGGACGAAUCAUUUACCAUUGGCUCUCAUAAAUCUCCCCCAGAGGAAAGCGUAGAGCCUAAAUCUGCCGUUGCAGGACGCUCUGACUUGCCAGUAUUGUCCAAUGGAUAUGAAGAUCAAAAGUCCCGAAGACAGCCUUGUGAUGUCUCUCGAUCAACUACGCCUGGUAUGCGUACUGUGGCCAAUGAAGAAGACAUAUUCUCAAAGAUGGGGUCAUCUAAAUCGAGCAGAAGGUAUCAGAUGGGGCAAUCUUGCUCUGAUGCGGAAAUCGACUAUAGAAGAGGAAGAAGCUUACGAGAGGGCAAAGGGGAUUUCACAUGGCAUGACAAAGAAUAAGCAGCAAACCGGAUUGUUAGUUGUUGGGCAAACGUGUUAUGUGCUCGUCUUUCAUCCUAUGCUUUCGUUUGGGCUUCUGUGAUUGGUGGAAUUUAUCUAACCUAUGAUCUAACCUGGUCUUUCUCUCUGCUGUGUGACCUGCUGUGUCUGAUUGAUGAAUGUAUGUGAAUGCAUCAAUUGAUAUAUAUGUAUUUGGUGGAAUGCGGUUAGAUAAAUGUAUUAGUGGAACAUGGGUUUAGCUUGUAUUUCUGGCUGUGUUUUGUAUACCAUGUGGCACAGUAAGCUAAUAUUAGAGCUUGAAGGGGUUUUUCCCUUUUAAGUGAUUCUGUAAA